AUGACGGCGGGUCAAUCCCUCGAUAAAAGCACAUCGUUCGGCGUGAGCACCGACCUCGUUAUAGCAACGGAUCUAGGCCGUGAUAGCUCCCCGCUAUCCAUGAAAUCAGCCCCUGCUACAACCGACGGCUCUGAUCGCACGAUCGAUCUCAUGGCGAUGACGACGGCGGCCGGCAAGGGGAAGUCUUCAGGAACUGGAAAGUCAGCGGGCGCUGGGACGGGUGGCGGCGCAGGUGUCGGCGCAAAGAAGGGUGCUGGGACGGGUGUCGGCGCAGGCAAGGGUGGGGGGACGGGUGUCGGCGCAGGGAAGGGCGCGGGGACGGGUGUCGGCGCAGGGAAGGGCGCGGGGACGGGUGUCGGCGCAGGGAAGGGCUCGGGGACGGGUGGCGGCGCGGGGAAGGGUGCGGGGACGGGUGUCGGCGCAGGUAAGGGUGGGGGGGCCGGUGUCGGCGCAGGCAAGGGCGCGGGGACGGGUGUCGGCGCAGGCAAGGGCGCGGGGACGGGUGUCGGCGCAGGCAAGGGCGCGGGGACGGGUGUCGGCGCAGGCAAGGGCGCAGGAACGGGUGUGGGCGCAGGCAAGGGCGCGGGAACGGGUGUGGGCGCAGGCAAGGGCGCGGGAACGGGUGUGGGCGCAGGGAAGGGUGCGGGGACGGGUGUCGGCGCAGGCAAGGGCGCGGGGACGGGUGUCGGCGCAGGCAAGGGCGCGGGGACGGGUGUCGGCGCAGGCAAGGGCGCGGGGACAGGUGCGGGGACUGGCGGAAGUAAAGAAUCGGGAACCGGAGAGCGGAAGAUUGUGCCUGAAAUUGGGGCGGGCACGGGGAAAGGAACGGGGACGGGCGCGGGGAAAGGAACGGGGAUGGGCGAGGGGAAAGGUACAGGAACAGGCACGGGAACAGGUACUGGAAUGGGCGCAGGGAAGGGUACUGGGACAGGCACGGGAACAGGUACGGGUAAAGGCACCGGGAAAGGUACGGGGACAGGCGUGGGAACAGGUACGGGAACAGGCGCGGGGAAGGGUACGGGGACAGGAACGGGGAAAGACACCGGGAACGGUACGAGGGCAGGCGCGGGAACAGGUACGGGAAAAGGCGCGGGAAAAGGUACAGGAACAGGUGCAGGAACAGGUACUGGGACUGGAAUGGGAAAAGGUACGGGGACUGGCACGGGAGCGAGUAAGGGGACAGGCACGGGGAAAGGCAUGGGGACAGGUGUGGGAACUGGUACGGGAACGGGAACGGGAAGCAGUACAGGCAAGGGGGAUGGGAAGGGGGCGGGAAGCUCAAGGGGCUCAGGAUCUGGCUUGGGGAAAGGAACAGGUGCGGGUGGAGGCUCGGGAACAGGUUCGGGAACUGGUUCGGGAAUGGACGCUGGUUCAAAAUCGGGGAGGUCGACAGGGGAUGGUGGGGAUGUGAUCCGCGGAGGGGGAAGCGGCGGAGGGGGGAGCGGAGGGGGUAGUGGCGGGGGGAGCGGAGGGGGUAGCAGCGGGGGGAGCGGAGGGGGUAGUGGAGGGGGAAGUGGAGCAGGGAGCGGGGGGGGGAUUGGGAUGGGAGGCGGAGCAGGGAGCGGAGUGGGGAGUGGCGGGGGGAUGGGGAUGGGAGGCGAAGGGUCGAGCGGAGGGGCGAGCGGAGGGGCAAGCGGAGGGGCGAGCGGAGGGGCAAGCGGAGGGGUGAAUGGAGGGGAAAGCGUAGGGGGAAGCGGAGAGGGGAGCAGUGGGGGGAGUGACAUGAAGAGCGGAGGGGAGAGUGACAUGGGGAGUGGAAGGGGGAGUGACACGGGGAGCGGAGGGGGGAUUGACAUGGGAAAUGGACUGAAGAGUGACCCGGGAAGUGGAUGGGGGGGUGACACAGAAAGUGGAGGAAAGAGUGACACGGGAGCCAGAGGGGGAAGUGACACAGAAAGUGGAGGAAAGAGUGACACGGGAGCCAGAGGGGGAAGUGACACGGGAAGCGGAGGGGGAAGUGACACGGGAAGCGGAGGGGGAAGUGACACGGGAAGUGGACUGAAGAGUGACCCGGGAAGCGGAUGGGGGAGUGACACGGGAAGCACAGGGGGGAGUGACACGGGAAGCGGAGGGAAGAGUGAUACAGGAAGUGGACUGGGGAGUGACUGGGUGGGUGGAAGGGGAAGUGGGACGGAGGGUGGAGGAGGCACUGGAGGGCACGCGGGAAGUGGGGGUGGGGGAAACCUGACCGACGGCAGUGGAGGGCAAGCGAGUGGAGGGCAAGCGAGUGGAGGGCAAGCGAGUGGAGGGCAAGCGAGUGGAGGGCAAGCGAGCGGAGGGCAAGCGAGUGGAGGGCAAGCGAGUGGAGGGCAAGCGAGCGGAGGACAAGCGAGCGGAGGGCAAGCGAGUGGAGGGCAAGCGAGCGGAGGGCAAGCGAGUGGAGGGCAAGCGAGUGGAGGAGCGGAGGGCAAGCGAGCGGAGGGCAAGCGAGUGGAGGGCAAGCGAGUGGAGGGCAAGCGAGUGGAGGGCAAGCGAGCGGAGGGCAAGCGAGCGGAGGGCAAGCGAGUGGAGGGGGGGGAAGUAAGAAUGAAGGCGGUGCACCGGGCUCCGGAGGCGGAGAGUCAGUUGGAGCUUCAGGUGGAGGGUCAGGUGGAGCAUCAGGCGGAGCAGGUGGAGCAUCAGGUGGAGCUCCAUGUGGAGCUUCAGGUGGUGCAGCAGACUCCGAAGGUGGGGCGCCAGGCGGAGCGUCAGGUGGAGGAUUAG